UACAGCACUGUUGCUGUUUUACUUAUUACUAUUGGAUCUAUGUUUGGUACAACCCUCAUUUUAUUUAACUCCUGUCAAGAAAUCUAUACACUCAUUUUGCAGCUGUUUGUUGGUUUGGCUGUUGGGACCCUUUCUGGAGAUGCUUUGCUACACCUUAUUCCUCAGACUCUUGGUUUACAUAAACAUGAAGCACAAGAGGUAGAACAUUUCUACGAGGGGAAAGAAUAUAUUUGGAAACUUUUGGGGAUAAUUGGAGGAAUUCAUGGAUUUUUUUUGAUAGAAAAGUGUUUUUUUCUUUUGGUGACACCACAUGACCAGGGCCUUUCUUUAGUUAAUGGGCACUGGGGGCAUUCCCAUGAUCUUCCAGUGGAAUCUGAAUUAAAUGAACAUUCAGGCAGAGGCAAAUCUACCUCAACCAUACAGUUGAGAAGCCCAGAAGAUUCUGAGUCUCCUGAAGUUCCUCCAGAGACUAAGGCGAUCAGCAAAAAAAAGUGUAAGAAAAUUAGCUUAUUAGCAAUAAUGGUUCUGGUGGGUGACAGUCUUCACAAUUUUGCGGAUGGCUUGGUAAUAGGAGCAGCGUUCUCGUCUGCGACAGAAACAGGAGUGACAACAACUGUUGCCAUUUUAUGCCAUGAAAUUCCUCAUGAAAUGGGAGAUUUUGCUGUGCUGUUAAGUACAGGGCUCCCCACGAAGAUUGCAAUUUUGAUGAAUUUUAUAAGUGCACUAACAGCAUUCUUAGGACUGUAUAUUGGCCUUUCGGUCUCGACUGACCCAUGCAUUCAGAACUGGAUUUUUACUGUUACAGCUGGAAUGUUCUUAUAUUUAUCUUUAGCAGAAAUGCUUCCUGAAAUGACUCAUAUUCAGACACGGCGACCCUGGUUGAUGUUUCUUCUACAGAACCUUGGAUUACUAUUAGGCUGGCUUUGCCUCUUACUUUUGGCUGUAUAUGAACAGAAGAUUAAAAUAUAAGUUUUCUGCUGGAAAUCUUGAAGUACCACUUAUGACAGUGGAUAGCAUUAUUCAUAAUUUUGUCAUGUCUGCUAUAGUGAUAUAUAAAUUAAGUUGCUGGGAUUUUAUAUCUGAACAGUACAUAACUAUUUCACUUCUUUAUUAACUUAUUGUUCAGAUUUUGUAGGGUUUUUUUGUAAACAUGGAUGUUUAGAAUUAUGUUUUAUUUGUUACUGAGUUUACCAGAUUCCAUGCUCACAUUCAGAGAAGCUUUUGAUUAGUUUUUAUUGAGACUUUUAUAGUUGAAUGCUCUAAGUGAUCUCUGCCAGUCUGAUUUAAGAAAAGAAUAAAAGAUUUUUAUAUGCAAUAAUUAAAGUGGACUAACCAUAGUUGAAUAAUUUGAAGCAGAAAUGGUUUUUGCCUCUUAAUACAAAGAAUAUAUGUAUUUCUAUAAAACUUUAAAGUAUAGCAAAACUAAACUGUUAAAUGGAAUACA